GGAAGUACGUCAUUACGUCGCUGAAGCCUUCAGCUGUCAGACUUUGGCCACCCUAAAAGUGCAGGAUUUGUUAUCAAACUAUUUCGAGCUUUAAACUCACGUUGACUUGAUUUAAAGUUGUGCAUUUGACUUUUGAACGGUUUUUAAAGGCAGUGGCUGGGGACUGGAUUGAGUGGACUGCAAAGAAGCGCGCAAAUCUCCUCUUGAAUCGCUGCUAGUUUUGCACGACAAGCCAGCGAUCCUGAUCGAGUGUAAGGGUAGAUGCAGGGAGGGAGGGAGUAGAAAAAGGCAAAAGUCUUUGUGCUUCCCUUCCCCCUCAUCAAAGCAAAGGGGAAAUGUCUCUGUCCAAAGGAGGGAAGAAGAAGAACCCUGGGCUGAAACUGGCCCAAGAAGUGUUUAAGCCUCCUUCACCAGCCGCUACAGCACCCCCUCGAGAUCUCGACUCCAAGGCCUGUGUCACAAUCGGAGACCGGAACUUUGUGGUGAAGGCGGAUGACUUGGAACAGAUCGCAGAGCUGGGGAGGGGGGCCUACGGAGUGGUGGACAAGAUGAGACAUGUGCCCAGUGGAGUUAUUAUGGCUGUCAAGAGGAUUCGGGCCACAGUCAACACUUUGGAGCAGAAGAGGCUUCUGAUGGACCUGGACAUUUCCAUGAGGACAGUAGACUGCUUUUAUACAGUUACCUUCUAUGGGGCACUUUUCAGAGAGGGCGAUGUUUGGAUCUGUAUGGAGCUUAUGGACACAUCUUUGGAUAAGUUUUACAAAAAGGUUUUGGAGAAGGGCAAAACUAUCCCAGAGGACAUUCUGGGCAAGAUCAAUGUAGCAAUUGUGAAAGCAUUAGAGCAUCUGCACAGAAAUCUGUCUGUUAUACACAGAGAUGUGAAGCCUUCAAAUGUUCUCAUCAACACUUUAGGCCAAGUGAAAAUGUGCGACUUUGGCAUCAGUGGCCAUCUGGUGGACUCUGUGGCUAAAACUAUGGAUGCGGGUUGCAAGCCGUACAUGGCGCCUGAACGGAUCAACCCUGACCUCAACCAGAAAGGCUACAGUGUCAAAUCAGACAUAUGGAGUCUGGGCAUCACAAUGAUUGAGCUGGCAAUUCUGAAAUUUCCCUACGAACCCUGGGGCACCCCUUUCCAGCAGCUCAAACAAGUAGUGGAUGAGCCCUCUCCACAGCUGCCUGCUGACCGUUUUUCCCCAGAGUUUGUAGACUUCAUCUCCCAGUGCCUAAGAAAAAGGCCAAAUGAGAGACCUGCUUAUACAGAAUUGAUGAAUCAUCCCUUUUUCACCCUGCAUGACUCCAAAGACACAGACGUGGCUGGGUUUGUGAAGGUCAUCCUCGAUGACUGAUGGGCUGCCGCUGGGCUCCACCCCCUGUGAUGGGGUAGGCCCCUCUCCGAAACCACGCCCCCAUCGAUGACCUACCUUUUUUAAACUCACUGGAAUGACAAACUCUGAUGCACCCACCAUACCCAGGGGUGACCCAAAGACUGACGGACAGCACUGGAGUGGUGAUAUGAACUUACGGCCAAACUCAACUGGAGAGAUUUGCUCCACUCCAAGCUUCCUGUGUGCAGUUACAACUUUAUGAACUCCACUUUGGCUGUUUUGUUCUGUUCCUUUUCUGUUUUUGUCCCACACUGCCCCCUUUCAAAAUGGACAGAGCCGGCCAUGUAUUCCUGUGACACUUAUUUUAUUAAUUUUUGAAUUUCAUCUGCAAAUGUAUUAGUUUUUGUGUAUGAUGUUGUGUAUUGAAAGUUAUAUUUGCAUAUGCGUUUGUAUGUUAUUUCAUUAUACAGAAUUUUGAUACUGUAUAUCUUCAACUCGUGUGAAUUGCCCAAAUAAGGGCCUCGUUUAUCAGAACCCAUCACAUGGAUCUGGUUUUGUGAGUGGGCAGUGGUUGUAGUUGUCCCUGGACUGCGACAUAACAUGCCAUACAGUGGCAAUGACAGGUCACAUUUUGGACAGUGGGACUCCCUGACCACUCCCCGGUCUCGCGCUGCUGAGAGGGGGCAUGCCAAGCGACCUACAUAUUUGAACUUGAAGUGAUGUACAGCACCGCCCUUCUUGCAGUGACCGUCUCUUAGCAGUUGCUUCAUUACUUUUUCAGCUUUAGUGCUGCUUUUGAGCUUUUGUCAGCUCCAGUGCGUCCACAGUUUCUACCUGAAGGUAUUGCAGCUUUUUGUGCCAUUUUUGUAAAUUGUUCAGUGAAAUACUGCAUAUGUUUUGGGCUUUUUGAUUUAUUUUUUCAACAUCUAUCUUUAAUUUCCUUUACCUUGUUCAACUUUUGGAGUCAGCCUAGUCCUUACAUUUAAGAUUGCAUAACUGUUUUCAGAGACCUUAUUAUGCCUUAUACAGUAUGGUAGGGAAGUAAUUUAUGUGUUGAAGAUGUAAAUACUAUCUCCUUUUUAAUGUAACUGUUGGUCAUUGGCAGUGUAAGAGAGUGGUAGAGUGGAUGGUAUCGGUCCAUUUUAAUGCAGCAUGACAUGCGUGUGCUCUGUGGCCACACUUUUGGAUCCACUGCCCGGGCUUCUGAUAGACUAGUCUCCUGCUCAUGUCCUGUGCUGCAUGAGCCCACACAUACUAUGCAGAGCUUAUUGGCACAUCCAGGUGUCCCCUUUAGGAGUAUUCAGAGAGUGGUGGAGUACCAAGCCCCAUUCAACACUGUACUGGGACCUUUACCUGAAAUCACAGAGUUAGGAGUAUUUAUGAUUGUGAAUUAUAAGGGAAAGCUAGCAACACCACCAAGAAGCUGCUGAUUUUAAUGUUUUUUACUGGCCGUCUUCAGAUGGCUGUUCCCUUGGUGUGUAAAUUUUUACGCUGAUCACAAUGAAAAUGGAACACUUGCUCUACCUCUUACUCCUUUACUCUAUAUACACCACCCUUUCAAGGGGUGGGAACAACAGACUUGAACUAUAGAAAGACAAAAAAUAAAGGCUUUGAUGUUCAACA